CAGCAAUUUGCCAUGUGAAAAAUCUGAUUUUUAUGAAAUCUGCAUGCAAUAAAAGCAUUUCUUUGCCAGUGGUCUGAAUCAUUGAAGUUCAGUAUUCCCGUUUAUCAGUAUCGUGGUCUUUUGCAGGAACAAUGAGUCAGAAAAUCCAUUUUGCGCUUGUGGCAGUGUUUUUAACUUUUCUGGUUAAUAUAAUUGAGGCAGAUCAGCGUGAGAAAGCCGUGGAAUUCCAACGGGGUUGCAUGGAAGCCCACGGACUUCUAGAAGAUGAACUGCACGAAAUUAUGGAUGGAAAACCGAUACAAAAUGAGGCAUUUUACUUCCACUUUUUCUGUGUGGUGAAAAAAGCAAAACUCAUCUCAGAUAAUGGAAUUGUCAACACUGACCAUUUCGAAGAAAACUUGAAGGAUGUUAUUGAUGAGGAGCAUAUGGCUCAUGUCGCUGCCUUAACUAGAAAGUGUCUGAUACAAAGGGAUGAUAUUUUCACUACCAUUAAAAUGGCAAUCGAUUGCUUCUAUUCUUCAGAACAUAAGCUGUGAUUCGGCAAUGUUAAGAUUAAUAUGAAUUUUUGAAUGUA